UUUUCCCCUCCCUCCCUCCCUCGCGUGGGGCAGGGGGCGUGGCUUCGGCGUUGGGCGCGAGCGCUUCUCUCGGCUGAGGCGGCGAUGAGGCGCUGAGGGAAGGUGGGCGGUUCGCGCCCCAAGGUCGGCCAUGGCUUCUUCGCUCCCGGCCAAAGGGGCGGCGGACAACGGAGGCGGUGAACCGAGCUCCGGGGAUGAAGACGGAGCCCUGGCGGCAGCCGCCACGCUUGGAGAGUCUCCCGGCCCCGGUUCCGACUCGGGGAGCCGCUCGUCGCCGCGGCUGCUGCUGAGCCUGACCGAGCAGUUCGAGCGAGCGGCGCAGCGGGUGCCGGCCUUGACCACAGUGGCCCCCAAGGAGCAACUUCUCUACCUGUACGCGCGGUACAAACAGGUGAAAUGCGGUAGCUGCAGCACCCCUAAACCUGGAUUUUUUGACUUUGAAGGAAAGCAGAAGUGGGAAGCUUGGAAAGCACUGGGAGAUACAAGUGCUGAACAGGCAAUGCGAGAGUAUAUUGCCACUGUGAAGAAACUGGACCCCACCUGGAAUCCACAGGUAGUAGAAAAGAAAGGAAAAGAAGGAAAAGCUGGCUUUGGAGGCCCAGUGGUCAGCUCACUCUAUCAGGAAGAAACCAUCAGGGAGGAAGAUAAGAACAUAUUUGACUACUGCAGAGAGAACAACAUUGAACACAUAAACAAAGCCAUCCGAUCAAAAAAAGUGGAUGUGAAUGCAAAAGAUGAGAAGGGUAGAGCUCUCCUCCACUGGGCGUGUGACAGAGGACACAAGGAGCUGGUCUCCGUACUGCUGCAGCAUACAGCUGAUGUUAACAGCCAGGACGAUGAAGGCCAAACAGCAUUGCAUUAUGCCUCGACUUGUGAGUUUUCUGACAUCGUGGAGCUGCUGCUGAAGUUUGGAGCCGACCCUACAGUUCGGGACACAGAGGGCUACCUUCCCGAGGAGGUGACGGACUGUAGAGCAAUCACCUUCAUGCUGCAGAACCACACCGCGAGCAAAGCUUAGCCCAGAAGGCCAAGGAAUUACAACUGGCCCCAGCCCAGGACUUUCCAAAUGGACACGCAUUGCAAUAAGCCCCGUCCUUCCCCCAAAUAAUCUUCUUUGGUAUGCUUGAUAUAUGGAGAUGGGUAGCUAGUGACAGAAGUCUAUUAUUCUGGGAGGAGGAAAUGGGGCAACGGAGCGUGUGCAACACAGACCUGUACAUCUUCUGGCCUAUCAGGUCAAAUGCAGCUUUUUGGCCAUAUAUAUUGUACCCUGCUUUGUGCUUGAGGAACCCCCCCCCCCCCCCCCCCCAAUGGUUGCAAGGAUGCAGCAGAAACAGAAGGCUUUUGUUUUGUUCUGUUUUGUUUUGGAGUUUCAAGUAACUCCCGAGGCACACCUGGCAGACCGUGUCCAGUUAGAUGGAUCAGACGUUUCUGUAGGUCUGAAUGCUGCGUAAAGGCCAGUAUUGCAUGCUGUGGAGUUUUACUCAUGAUUGUGGCAACUGAGGAGAGGAGCAACUGCAUCCAGACUGCAGUUCGUGUGCCUGCUCAGGAGCACGCCCCACAGAGUUUCCUUUUCAAAGUAAAUGUGUGUGUGUUUUUUUGUUUUGUUUUCGUAUAAUGCAAGUUUCCUGGUGGGGAGGGGAAACGGAGCUAGUGCGGGGAGGGGCAGAUAAUGUGAACAGCAGCAUGUUGCUUCCACAACAAAAAUAACUAAGCAGUAAAAGAGAGUGCUGUGACGCUGUUGUCGGCUCCUCUCACUUGUGAAAUGGAAUUAUGCGUGUUUUUAGUUGCCCCUUGAGGGUGGAAAUGGCAAAACAGGGGACCUACAGCUAUGUUGAACUCAGUCGCUAUGAGAACGGAUGGGGAUUUCCAUUGUGUGUGUUCCCCUUUCUCUGUUGUAAAGUGCCGUCUUGCUCGAUAAAAUACAUUGAAGAAA